GUCAGUGAGCACAUCAAACAACAACAGCACCGACGACAACCUGUCUCAUCGUGCUCGUGCCUCGUCCACCGAUCUUUGCCUGCUUUUUUGCUUUUGUUUUGUUGUGCCUGCUUUCUUCUUGGAGUCGCCCACACGCGCCCUUUGGCGGGGUUGUCCACGGUUUGCAUCGCUUGCGCCAUUUACCUGUGCCUUGUUGACUGGCAUCGACGACUACGACGACGACGAUGGCUCGCACGCGACAAACAGCCCGCAAGUCGGGCUUUGGCGGUGGAAAGGCCCCUGGCCACCUGCCGGCGCAAGGCGUGCAGGUGGAGGCUGGAAGAACCGUGGAAACGGACGCCACUGGCCUGCACCUGCCUGAGGCUUACACGGUCCAAAUGUCCACGGACGACGUCGAACGAGAGCAGUUUUUUGAGCGCGAUGACGAUGACGACAUGUCGUAUUCCCGCCCAAGUUUGCCCUCCACCUUUUCCUGGGACUUUCGCGGCGCAGACUUGCCGAUGCUCUCCGACGGCAAAGUGGAGCUGGUGAACGAAGUUGGUCAGGUGGACAAGAGCACGCAGCGCGACCACGAGGACCGCACCAUCCCCUUCCACAAGUGGUUCUCCCUCGCCCUCGUCGUGUCCUCCCAGCACGUGGGCGUGUUUCUGAACGCCAAGCCGCUUGCUGCGUUUUCCAUCGGGCAGCGCAAAACGCGCAAGAGCGAGAAGAAGACCAACGAAGAGCAAGGGGACGGCGAUGGUGAUGCUAACAGCGACAACGAGGAUGGCACAGCUGGGGACCACACCACCACCAAAGACAACAACGCUGACGACGAUGACGGCAACGUGACUGUCAUCGACCUUGAUGCAGAUCAAUCAUCAUCCCACCACCGCCACCAGCAGCAGCAACAGCAGCAGCAACAACAGCAGCAACAACAACAGCAACAGCAGCAACGCGGCUUCUCUGGUCCCCGCCGCAACAUGCGCUUUGACAAACAGCGAGGCAGCAGUGGGCUGCCGUUUUGGCGACCCACGUCCCCCGCGUCAUCCUCGUUUGAUGUGACGCCGGACCUGGAGUACCUGCCGAGCGUGGCCCUCUUCCCGGCGCGGCUGCGCCUGCGUGGCGACGCAGACGCACGCGUGCUGGUGCGGCACGUUGGCUUCUUCAACACGGCGCUGGACCCAGCCUCGCUCAAGAGCACCGCCACAGGCGUGUACUCGGAGUACAUGCACAACGUGCAGAAGGAGGAGCAGCGCAUGUUUGCCUCGCUGACGCUGAGCGCGUUCUACCGCUCGCCGCCGCCCAUCUGGAAGCACCCCACCUUCGUGGCCGAGUUUGGCGACAUGCACGUGGCCCCGACCCACCCGCAGAUUGGCGGCGCCCUGGUGCAGAGCACGCUGCCCGUGCUGGCCAUGGCCCUCAGCGUCACCACGCAGGGCACCGACAACGACUGGCUCACCACCUUUGACAGCACGCAGCGCGCGCACCUGCACGAGAUCACGGCCGUGCUGCAGCGCGCCGUGCCGCUGUGGCGCCGCUUCCCCUUCAACGCGCAGUUUUACGCCCGUUACAUGCGCUCCCUCUUCAAGCCCGCGCUGGAGUCCCUGUCCGUGGGGCAGACGUGCAUGCUGCCCAUUGGCCGCUCUGAGCACGGUAGCAUGCUGCUGGUGGAGCGCACGUCCGUGGCCACUGCACGCGUCGUCGCCAUCGACACGGGCUCCGAGGCCGCCACCAAGUUUCUGCAGACGCGGGUGGAGCUUGCCUCCGGGCUGCCGCGCGUCACCUACCGCAUCGCCUUUGUUGUGCCGGAGGUGGCCUUUGAGCGCAUCACCAACGACGGGUUCUGGGCCGUCGCCUACGCCGCCCGCAACUUGCAGCGCACGCACGACGUGCUGGUGGAGUUCUUGGCCAACGCCCCGCCAGACACCAUCCUGCAGCAGACGCAGGACGACGCGUGCAUCGACUACCACCGCCUUGCCGCAUCGCCUUUCGCCUUCCACCAGGGGUUCCGCGCCGCGCUGCACUACAUGAUGCGGCGGCAGGGAUUCACCCACCAGCAGUGCGACUUUGUGAACCUGCGCCUGCGCCACACGCUGCUCACGUACGCCCGCAACGAUCUGGCGCACGUGCGCAAGCUGGACGCCUCCGACCGCACCAUGCUUGCGCUUGCCUGCAGGCAAUACGCCAGCGCCGCCGUCCAGCUCUCCCGCGCCAACACCGUCUCCCUGGCGCAGCUGGACGCCGUGCGCGAGUUUGUGUUUGCGCUCGAUGCGGCCGCAGACAAGCUGCCGCUGCGCUUUGCCAAGGAGAGCGGGCCGCCCCCGCCCUGCACCAUGCAGUCUGCACCGGACGCGCAGCGCCACCGCUACGACGCCUUCCCGCUCUCGGGCCACCUGGUUCGGCAGGAGGACACGGACGGGUACGCGGGCCAGCCCGUGCCGCCCGUGGCGUACGUGCCGCUGGACUUUACGCAGGUCCCGCAGAAGGUGCUGUGCUACGACGACGCGCUGGCCGCCAUCCGCCACUGCGACAAGCUGUGCAUGCUCACCAUCAACCAGGCCAAGUUUGUCAAGCACCGCGCCAACCUGGUCCUGGCGCUGGUCACCCACACCUUCUGCCAGGUGCUGCCCAUGCCCAAGUCCCAGCGCGCGCCCGACCACGCCGCCUGCUUCUGGCAGGGCCUGCGCAUGCGCUUUGAGCGGCAGCUGGACCUCAUGAUCAUGCUGCACCGCAUCAUGCUCGCCUUCUCCAACGCCCUCUGGUGCCACCGCAACAGCGCGGGCGAGCCCGCCAUCGACCUGGCCCUGUGCGUGCCCGUGUGCAUCGCCGCCGUGGCGGACGCCGUGAUGAAGAAGCGCGCCACAGACCUCCCCUCCGAGGCGUGCCUGCACCUCAUGGGCGAGUCCCUGCACGGGCGCCGCAUCUGCCGCGGGUACGGCCUGGGCCUGCACAUGCUGCCGCGCCAGCUGCAGAACGUGCCCGUCACGCACCCGGAGCUCAACGUGGCCCGCACCAACGCCAUGGACUACUUCCAGGGCCUGCCUGGCCCCGCCAUCUUCCGCUUCGAGCAGGGGCCCCCGCCCGGCAACAUGUGCGACAAGUACACGCUGCGCUACCUGCGCACGCUGUGCCAGGAGAUUGGCCUGCAGGGGCCCUUUGAGCAGCACCUGAACGACGGCACGGUGCUGCUGCACAACUUCCCCGAGCUGCGCUGCUACCGCGACAUCUGCUACCUCAUGAAGAUGCACCAGCUCAAGGAGUCGUACGCCAACGCGCUCAACCCGCUCGAGGCGCGCCUCGCCUUUGUCUGGAACAACGGCGCGUACCAGGUGACCAUGAUGGGCAACGGCAUCAGCCUCGUCGGGGCGCCCGCCACCCGCCGCACCUCCGUCGCCCCGCACCUUACGAACCAGCCCCUGUCCACGGAGGACGACGUGCUGCACGAGCCAAAGCUGCCCACCUUUGACGACGCGCUCUCGCAGGAGGACAGCGAGCUGCUGCUGUCCUACCUCACCGUGCCCUACAUGCGCAUUCCGCUCCUGCUCUCCUUCUUCAGCAGCGACGACCGCGUGCAGGCCCUGCAGUGCAACCAGCUGCGCCAGGUGCUGGAGGAGGUGCUGUUUGAGCCGCUGCGGUUUGCGCGCCAGCACACCUCGCGCGCCCCCACGCACGUGCCCACGGCGGACCGUGAGCUGCUGGCCACGCCUUAUGGGAUCCUCGUCAACGAGCUCAGCCGCUCCCCGGAGACAACCAUGUCGUGCUGCAUUGCGCUCCUGCGCCAGGCCCUCAACCUGGACACGGGCGACCCCAAGCAGUCCACCACACCCAUCAUCCUCUUUGUCACGCGGCUGGCGGCGCGCGUGGACAACUACGCCGCCCUGCUCAUCGACAUUGCCAAAGGCGCCCACGAGAACUACACGCACCACACGGUGCUGCGCGACGUCACCCUGUCGCCAGAGGCCCUGGCCACGCUGCAGACGCUGCUGUCGCAGCUGCGGCUGGAGCUGCGACGCGGCGCCUACAACGUCAUCAACCACUGGAUCGAGCGCUUCACGCGCCAGAUUCUGGAGCUCAAGGACCAGUCGCAGCUGGACGAGCUCAGCUCCCUGCUGGCCAACUUUUACGCCCACCUGCUGCUGGUCUUCCGCAACGUCAAGUUCGCGGAGCUGACGGAGGACGUGGCCAGCCUCCUCGUGUCUGGCUUCCUCUUCCUCAACAAGCGCCAGAACUUCACCACCCUGAGCAUGCCUUCCGUGGACAUGUUUGAGUGCCUGCAGGCAGUGCGCCACCGCCUCGUGCGCUGGGCCAACAGCACCACCGCACGCCGGCUCUCCCUUGUCUGUGAGGCCUCCGUGCGCGUUGUGUCCAGCAGCGGCCAGCGCCGCCUCAAGGCCCACCGCCAGCACGCCAACAAAAAUAACAACAACAACAACAAAAACAACAACAACAGCAACAAGGCUGCCACCACUGCCUCUGCUGCAAACGCUCCUGCUGGAGCCGAUGGGAAUACUGAAGGGGCAGCAGAUGGCACCGAGCAGAAGCUGAUGGCCUGCUGGGCCUAUGUUGCGGGCAAGACGUCGUGUGGCCGCUUCACCACCUCGCCGACGCGCCGGCUCCCCAUUGAGCCGGCAACCCACGCUGAACACGCUGGUGGCGCCACAGCAAGUGGCGCAAUCGCAUCAGCAGCAACCACAGCAGACACAACCACAACCACUGCAGAGACAACAGCAACAGCAGCAACCACAGCACACGCUGCUGACGCCGCCGAUUCUGUUGACGAUGAUGAUGAUGAUGCGGUGGUGGACACGCUGCCCGACCGCAACUUGCCGAUUGAGCUGGACAUGCAGAUUAUGCAGCUGACGGUGAACAAGUCGCACCUCAUGGCGCUGCCCGCAGAGUUUCUGAACCAGCCGGAGGUGGUGGACGUGUUUGGACACCAGCCAAACUUCCAGUGCACCACGGUGGAGGAGGCGACGAACCGCGUGUGGGUGCGGCUGAUUGGCCGCAACCACGACAUCCAGCUGUGGCGCACGACGGACGACCGGCCCUGGUUCACAGAGGCUGACCGCGAGUACAUCCCGCACGCGCUGCAGGAGCACGAGCAGUGGAUGGCGGAGCUGUUUGAGCCCCUGCGCUUUGCCGCCUUCUACAACCCGUUUAUGCCCAUCCCCAUCAUGAUGGACGAGACGACGCACACGCGCGCCAACCUCGCGCGCCUGAUUGUGCUGCACCCGUGCACCAUGCUGCCCACGCACGAGGUGUGGCUGCUGCGCGGACAGCAGGCCAUCCACGUGUACCGCCUCCUCAGCUUUGGGCGCCGCUUCUACCGCACGCUCGUCUUCACCACCGACGCGCGCAUGUCGUACCUGCACCUGCAGCCCAGCUUGUCCGACCGCAACCAGCCCUGGCCGGAGUGGGCGCGCUUUGCUGCGGGCAGCGUGCACAGCAACCCCUUUGGCGGUGCGACGGGCGCCACGCCGCUCUCCGCCGUCAUCACCCGCGGGUGGGACCAGGGCGAGAACGUGUCGGGCGGCACGGAGAUGUACCUGCCGCCGUGGAUCCUGCGGGGUCUGCUGCCGAGCGUGCUGCUGGAGCAGUACAUGUUCUGGCAGGACGAGGACGACGUCGUGCGCGGCUACCCGCGCGACAAGGACGCCCGCACAGAUAUGCUGGAGGUGCGCGUGCAGCUCGUUGCCGGUAUUGACCAGAGCACGGUGCCGGACGGGGAGGCGCGCGUGCGGCGGUUUGCGCUGGCAGACGUGCGCCGUCGCCACGAGGCCGUGCUGGACGUGUUCCUGGCGCUGGAGAAGACCCGCCUGGUCGACGACAGGUGCCAGGAGCGCAAGUGGGACCGCCUCAAGACAGACGCGCCCCUCAACCGCGUGCGCAAGGUCACCAACCUCGCGCUCAUCGACACGCAUGCAUCGCGCGUGCGCAUGGCCAUUGACAACGCGGUGGCCAGCGAGCCCAGCAAGCGCGGCGCAGGUGGCAACGGUGUCGCCACGACUGCUGCUGCUGCUGCUGCUGAUAAUACUGGUGGCACCGGUGACAAUGCCAGCAGCACGGAGGGUUCUGGCAAGGGCAAGGAAGGCAACGCUGAUGCCGCAGAAGAACGAGCGGGAACCACCAACGCCAGCGGCGACGGAGCAACCGACAAGCGCAAGAACAAGCCGCUGACCACAAACGUGGUGCUGGCAUCCACAACCGUGACGGUGGACCCCAACCAGCCGGCGCGCCGUGCCAAGGAGAAGAAAAAGCCACGGCGCAAGCUCGCGGCAAAGAAGAAAGGAGGCCGGGGAAAGCUCUUCCAGCACCCUGGCAAGCAGCAUGCUGCAAACGCUGCCACUGCCGUGGACAGCGAUAGCGACGGCGAGGACUCGUACUACAACGCGCUUGGCGCCGUCCCGUACCGCUUCCAGUAUGAGCUUGAAGUGAAGGUCCUGCGCACGGACCUGGCAGAUACGCAGGUGUACUCUGACGACGAAGGCGACGAUGACCUGCAUCUGGAGCAGCAGCGGCAGGCGCAGCGUGUUGGGGCCAACACAGACAGCGGCACUGAUGCAGCCGCCGCUCGCAAGCGCCUUGCCCGCCACCGCGCCCGCGUCAUUGCUGCGCGCACUGCUGCUGCUGCUGCUGGUGGCGGCGACGACGGCAGCGCUGUGGGCAUGGACGCGUACUCAGUGUCAUCAUCAGAUGAUGACGUCGAUGACGAAGCUCGAGAUGAGGAGGAAGAGGAAGAGGAAGAGGACGAAGAUGUUUGGACGGCUGAGUAUGAGCAGCGGCGUGCGCGCGCGUGUGGCCUUCCAAGCCCCUACCACUUCUUGAAGGCGUGCGAAAGGUUGCUGGAUGGGCUUGGCUACGCAUCUGCACAUGUCGCGAAAGCCAUUGUGCGCGUUGCCGAACACCACCACACAAAGAUGCAGCAGGAGCAAGCCCAAGAUGAGCAGCAGCGCCAGCUCGACAAGCAGCAAAGGCUGCAGGAAAAACAACAACAACAACAACAACAGCAGCAGCAGCAGCAGCAGAAGGAGGGUGGCAAUGCAAGCGUGCAUGCAGAAACGGCUGCCCAACAGCGUGAGCAGCGGCAACAGCGGCAACAGCGGCGGCGUGAGCGGCGUCGUCGUCGUCGCCAGCGCGCAAGGUCCCCCUUUGCAACGUUUGCAGAGCUGAAACAGGCCCUCCAGGCCGAGCUGCAGGCCAUGGAAAAGGAGCAGCACGAGAAGGAGAAGGAGAAGGAGAAGCAAGAGGGAGGCAACAGCAGCAACGACGGUACCGCUGGGGCUGAUGCGAAGCAUAAGCUGGUCAAGGUGGACAUGUCGAAGAUUGGCACGCUGGCCGAUCCGCUGCAGCUGGUGAACCUGCUGUAUGCCAUGCCUGGCAGCAAAUACCACUCGCUGGCACAGGUGGUUGCGCGCAUCUCGCCGCUCGGGCGUGCACUGGUUUGGGUGCACGAGAGCCAAAUUUACGGCAAGAAGGGCCCUGAAGCCGUGCUGCGUACAAACAACAACAACAGCAGCAGCAACAGCACCACCACCACCACCACCACCACCGCUUCCAUGCCUUCUGCCACGUCAAACGCCAGCGCCAACAACAGCAACAGCAACGGCGCUAGUGCUGGUGCGGCGGAGUGGGCAGGGCUGCCGCCUCGCAUCACGUGGGUGCCGCAAGACACCGCUGUGACGCUGGUGGAGCUGCCAGACCUCAAGCUGUCGUUUACGGAGCGCAAGUGCGAAGCAGGUGGCGUGCCGCGUCUCUUCAGCCGCGACUACAAUGACUUGUUUGUCACCAACGCCCGCAACGCCCGCACCAACCGCCUGCUGCGGGGCCUGCCGCACUCCCUGCUGCUGGCCAACAGCAACGACGAGAUGCAGAUUCUGGUACCGGCCGUGCGCGUGCACCGACCAAACAUUGCCAACUGCCCCUUCUCCACAGAGCUCGUACUCAAGUUUGACGACAAGGCGUGGGCACAAGAGCUGGAGACGCCAUACUUUCUGUACCCCGUGCACGUGUCGCUGUCAUUCCUGUUCACGCCGACGCUGGCCUCUGCGCUGUACCUGCUGCUCCUGCGCCUGCUGCACCGCGACUACGCAGAGUGCUUCCGCCUUGCGCAGACCAUCAGCACAGACACGACGCUCACGCCCGAGGAGAUGCAGCUCUUCGCCCUGCUCUCCGGCCCAGCAGCACAGGACAGGCACCCGGAUGCGCUGGCCUGCAUCCUGCGCGUGCUCAACGUCACUGCCGGCGCCGUGCAGCCACAGGGCAUGACGGUGGGCGGCCUGCGCGGAAUGACGCUGAACGUGACGCAGUUCUUCCACGAGUACGCGCAGCGCCUGGCGCACGUGAGUGCCGAGUGCCGCCUCAGCGCCGAGGACGAGCUGCAGGUGCUUGAGAACAUGGUGGUGUGGUCGGAGAAGCAGCCCGCGUAUGACCCGAACAACCACGCCGAGGCGCACCUGGUGUGGAACCACAACCGCCGCCAGCACCUGCUGGCCAUCCUGGGCAAGCUCGGCACCGCCCGCAACGGCGGCGAUGACUCGUUUGAUGACGCGGAUGGUGAUGUUGAUGUCAAUGUCGGUUAUGGCGCCGGCAGUGGUGCUGUUGAGCAGCAGGAUGAGAAUGCGCAGGACGCCACCAACACCAGCGAGAGCGACAGCACCAGCGCCGCCUCAACUGAGCACAAGAAGACCAUGCUGAAGCUGCGGUUGCCCAAGCGAAAGAGCGGCUCCUCGUGGGUGUACUUUGACGACGACGGCUUGCGGGAUCUGCACAAGCGCAAGCCAAACCGCCUGCGCAUCUUCUCGCAGACAGACACCAACUCGGCUGGGUUUGGCGCCAACGCGUGGCGGCAGAUGCUGCUGUCCCACAACACCACGCGCAAGUCUGUUGUCGUCGUCAUCCUGUUCAACGCGUACGCGGAGGACACGACCAUGGCUGACGCGCUCCGCGCCAUCGCCGACAAGUACCACAACGUGGACUUUGUUGCCUUGCCGGGCAUCGACAAAACCUCCUUCGAGCAGCGAAUGGAGAUUGAGGCCGAGAAGAGUGAGAAGAGCAAGAGCAAGAGCAAGGGCACGGGCUUUGGUGGCGGUGGUGGCUUUGGCGGCAGCAAUUUUGGUGGUGGUGGUGGUGGCUUUGGCAGUGGCGGAGCCAGCGCGGAUCCGUCUUCCACUCCAACCCCGCACUUUUACCUGUUUGUGGACGACAACCUGCGCUCGCGCGGCACUCUGUCGGGCACGGAUGCCAGCGAACUGGAGCGCAAGGUGGCGGAGUACAACCCGUCUGUGCGCGCCUUCAACAACGUGUGCGUGGAGUAUGCGCACAGGGUUCGCGCCGUCAUGGCCACGACAAAGUGCACAGAGUCAGAGGCCAUUGCCGUGCUUGCCCGCAGCAACGUGCCGGAAGCACAAUCUCCAGCACGGAGCACCGACGCCCCCACCAACGUCGCGGAGGACGCAGGCGGCAGCGCCCGCAACUCCAAGACCAAUGGCAGGGGCAAGGCACGCGGAGCCCUCGGCGCCGGCGAGAUGUCUGAUCUCGAAGCGGUGCUCGACCACCAGGUCCAACAACAGCACGCUCUGCGCCAAGCACAUGCUCAGGGACAACAAGAUGGGCGGCCCGUGGUGGGGCUGGUGGCGGCCAGGCGCACCAACCGACCCAAUGCCAAGGCAAGGGGUGGCGCGGUGGCCGUAGCUAGCGGCGGUUCAUGGAGCAAGGGUGGUGCUGGCGGUGCUGGCGGUGCUGGCGGUGCUGGUGCUACGGACAGGUCUGGUUCGCUGCGCCGUGUGGUGCUGACGGGGAAGACGCUGACGCAGGCCGGCAUUGAGGUGAUGGGCGAGCGCGUUGGGCUGGUGGUGAGCGAUGUUCACGCCAACAGCAGCGCGGCCAAGACAAACAGGGUGUUCCGGCACGACGUCGUGUGCCAGGUGGGCAACAAGUGGGUGGUUGGUGCUGCGGACGAAGCCAAGGCGGCGCUCAUGAACGCUCUGCAGACGGGCACGGCGACGGUGGUGCUGGCGGAGGAGUGCAUCAUCUGCCCUGCAUUCCACCGCAUGCAGCUUGUGUUUGCCACGGAUAUGACACCGCUGCGCCAGGGCUGUGGCGUGUGCGGACAAGUGGUGGAGCACAUUGAGCAGACAGAGCUGGCCCACAAACAGCAGCAGCAGCAGCAACAGCAGCAGCAGUACGGGCAGAAGAAGCCUCCACGGCAGAGGGCGCGUGCAAAGCAUGAGCCGGGCGUGUUUCCUGGCAGCCCGGCCGACAAGAUGCGCAGCGGCGGCGAUGGUGCUGUGCAGGGUGGCGCUGCUGCUGAUGCUGACGAUGACGAUGACGGCGAUGACGAGGCGCACAAGGCGUACGUUGUCCCCGCCAAGUUUGCCUCCAAAUGCGCGUACCACUGCACCAUCUGCAGCUUUUUCACGUGCGUGCGCUGUAGCAACAAGGAUCAGGUGUCGGUGGGCAUUGUCACCAACCCGCGGGCGGGGUUGCAGGCGCUGGCCGAGAAAGAACUCACGCCACAGAUUCCCGGCUUCCAAACGGCUUCUACAGCCAAGACGGCGCACAAGGGACAGGCGUUCAAAUUUGGCACCAAAGACAAGGGCAAGGAGGACAAGGACAAGGAGAAGGAAGCAACGGAAGCCAAGGAAGCAACGGAAGCCAAGGAGGUUGAAAAGACUGCUGCUGCCGCUGCUGGCAGCGGCAGUGGCGUCAUGGAUGUGGGCUCGGAGAGUGACGAUGAUGGUACUGCUGGUGAUGGUGGUGGUGUUGGCUUUGGCGCUGGUGCUGGCCUUGGUGCUGGUGCUCUUGGUUUUGGCCAACGAGGGUAUCGUGGCAGCGGCCACGCACACCAGCAGUCGCAUGGCGGCUUUGGCUCAUCGCGUGCACAGCAGCAGCAGCAGCAGCGCCAGCAACGCGGAAGAGCCGGUGGUGGGUGGAAGUUUGGAAGCUCCAACACCAUUGCCAACAGCGGUGGUGACAGCGGCAGCGACACGCUGGGCAUUUCCAAGGCACAGGUGCGGGUGAAGAUCCCGUCGCAUGUGGAGGAGCGGGGCCACUGGGAGGCGCUGGAGUGUGUGCACCAGGGCGGUGUUCGCAUGACCACGGCCACGGAGACGAUGAACGUCAUCCAGGCAUGCCUCAACUGCACGCUUGAUGGAAAGCAGACGCAGGUUGGCUUUGCGCUGCUGUACCAGCUGCUGACAGACCAGAUCCCCGUGAAGGUGGUGUCGAGCGCAGCGGGCACGGUGGGCGGCUUUGUUCCGCCCCGUGUGGGCUCUGCCAAGGAUCGGCUGAAGGAGAAUUAUGCCAUUGGCGUGCUGCUGGUGCAGUUUGUGCGCGAUCGCUUUGUGAGGAACCCGCUCUCCUGCAUUCUGCACCACCUUGCCCGCAGCCGCGACUUUGCUGCCUGUGCGCCUUCGCUCAUGCGCACGAGCUUUGGGCGCAGCAGCGCUGGCAUGACCACGCUCGCGGGCUCGUCGCGCGCAACAGAUGUGAUGAUGUCCGGAAAGUCCAGGGGCGGCUAUGGCGCCUAUGGUGGCGGCAGUGGCGGUUUUUAUGGUAGUAGCGGUGGCUUCGGAGGUGGUGCUUCCACAACCCGCCCGCACCUCGACUCGCUGAUUCAAGAGUGCAUGGAGCUGAUCAACAAAGCAGAGCAGCAGGCAAAGGAGGCGCCCGUCGCGCAGCCUGCACCGGAACAACAAGCCCCGCCCAAGCCCACAUUCACCGCAAGCAAGCCAACAACAACAACGCCACCACCAGCGCGACCACUCCAACCUCAGCAGCCAAGCCCGGAAGAGCAACCAAGGCAACCAGGACGGCGAGGCAUGCCGUUUAGACCCGGCGGGUUCCGCCCGCCAAAUGCACCCAGCGUGCGUCGCCCACCGGGGUAUGUGCCGGUCAUUCCACUGCCGCGUGCCAAGCCGUGGCCCGCGCCCGCUGCGCCUGCGCUUGAAUUUGUGGCGGAUGAGCGGGUCAGGCGAGGGUGGCUGGUGCCGGAGCUGUCGGACUUGGCCUGCUCGCAGCGAAGCCUUCGUCCCACCUCUGCGCUCCCUGGGCUGAGCAUGAGCAGCGAGGAUGUGCAUUGCUUUGCCAAGCAGCCGCUGGCAUCCCUGCAGCUGGACAAGUUUGUGCACUUUCUCGGUCGGGAGGACAUGGGCAAGCCGCUCGCCGACAACAAGCUCCCCUUUGACGUCUCCAAACACCCUUACGCCAAGGCAAAGCCUGCACAGGAUCUGGUUGCGCGGCUGCGCUCAGAUAUCAAGCUGUACGCCGACAUUGUGAACACGCACAAGACACCCGGCCUCAUCUCUGUUGACGACAGCUGCACCAGGGCGAUUCAGGAUGGCGGCGAUGGCGGGCAGAAGGCACUUGCAACUGUGGCGGACACGUGCGAGGAACUGCUGGAGCUGCUGACGGCAUUGCGCAAGCUGGACGCCGAUUUCAUCGACCAGGCGUCGCGCCAGCUGUCGCACGUGGUCAACGCGGUACAGAUUGGCUCACACGAGGACAUUGCCAGCGCACAGGGCAACGAGCAACGCACGCGUGACCUGCGUGAGCGUCUGGAGUUUGUUCUCGGCCGCUACUGUGGCGAGCAGGCGUUCAUUUGGACAGAGUAUCUCUUUGGCAGCCUGCUGUCCUCCCGCUGUGUGGAGGACCUGAAGAAGCUCAACCCGUACCUCAACAAGCGAGGCGUGGACCCCGUCCACGAUGCUGUAGUCGCCACCUUGCUCCGAUCCAACCGCAUCGGCCAUCUGAACCGUUGUGUUGCGGCUGUGCAGGAUCUGCUGCACCUCGUCAACGCCAUCAAGAGCCACAUCGUUCACUCUGAUGUGCACUCGCGGCUUGGGCGGGAGCUGCUGGUUGGGCUGCGGCAAAAGGGCGAAAGCGUGGCGCAGAUGCUGACGGCGCGUCGCACGUACAUGGACACGCACGGUGACGGCCACACGAAGGCCUCCCCGCACAUUGUGUAUGACCCACGCUACCUUGUGUUUGAGUUUACCUGGAACAUCCUGCUGCGCCGGCCGCAAGUUGAGCUCGUGCGCGACAUUGUCGGCGCAUUGCAGCGUGGCGAAUCCAUCGUCAAGCAGAUGAUCAUGGGUGCCGGCAAAACCACUGUCAUCGGGCCCCUCGUGUGCCUCAUGCUCGCAGACGGCAAGGCCUUUGUGGGACAGGUGGUGCCGCCGUCACUGCUGGAGUUUACGCGGUCUGUGCUGCGCAAGACGUUCAGCACUGUCUUCCACAAGCGCAUCUACACGCUGUUCUUUGACCGCUCUACCACCGUCACGCACGCGCUGUGCGACAAGCUGGAGGAGGCGGUGCGCAAGCGUGCCGUGGUCAUCAGCACGCCGACGUGCGUCAAGAGCAUCAUGCUCAAGUACUUUGAGGCGCUGGACGUGCUGUCGGACGAAGCAAGACCAACACAGCUCAAGAUUAAGAUGGCAAAGGAUGCGCGCGUGCUUGGCCGCGCCAUGCGUCUGUUCAAGCAGGGGUCGCUCAUCAUGGACGAGGUCGAUUUAAUUCUGCACCCGCUCAAGUCGGAACUCAACUUCCCCAUUGGCCAGAAGUUUGAUCUUGACCUCGCGCCCGAGCGCUGGGAGCUGCCAACACACCUCUUUGACGGCGUGUUCUUUGCGGAGAUGGAACGGACAACGGUUGGUUUCGAGGACAGCGGGUUUGGCCGCGCGGCGGUGGAGUCGCUUGCUGACGUGAUCCACGAAGGCUUUGAGUCCCGCUCCCUGCAACGCAACCCGCACAUUGUGCUGCUGGAUGAGGCCUGGUACCACGACAACAUGAAGCCAGCCCUGGCAGAGUGGUCCAUCCUGUGGCUGGAAAAGCACCAUGUCGGCGGCACCAACAUCACCCGCGACGACAUCCUGCGCUUCCUGCUGGAGCCGUGGGCGAGCCGUGAUGCGGAUUUGCACCGGCACUUGGCAGCCAACCUCGGCGCGAAGCAGAUGAAGCUGUUGAACCUCACGCACGACUGGCUGCGCUCGUACCUGCCGCACUGCCUGCAGAAGAUUGACCGCGUCUCCUUUGGCAUCAUGAACGAGGCAGACAAGAAGCACGCGCUGGAGGUGGACCCGCGCAUGCCGCUGUCUCGCUUCAAGCUCGCCAUCCCCUUUGUGGGCAAGGACGUUCCCUCGCGCAGCAGUGAAUUUGCGCACCCGGAUGUGAUUAUCGGGCUGAGCAUCCUUGGCUACCGCUACGAGGGCAUGCGCUGGGACGACUUUACCGAGGUGAUGGCCACGCUCACGAGGACAGUGCGCAAACAGGUUGGCCCCAAGCACAAGCGCGCGGCGAGCGUGAUGUUUGCCAAAUGGGUGGAGCUUGCUGGCGGCCGCAUGCAAGGCAAGCUUGUGUACAGCGAGCACGGUCAAAUCGUCCUUGGCGAGGAAGAGCAAGACUAUGAUGAGGCGAAGGAGAUUAUGCCGCUGUGGAUGCUGGAUCGCUCCAACACGGAGCAGAUGACCAAGGUGUACAACCUGCUGCGUUCGCUGCCGGAGAUGGUGCACUGGUACCUGCACGGCAUCGUGUUCCCGACACACAUGCGCCAUCAGCGGCUCAAGCUGAGUGCCAGCGGCCAGGCUGUUGGCGGUUCGAUGCUGUUUUCGCGCCGCGUGGGCUUUUCCGGCACGCCCUCGGACCUGCUGCCUGUUGAGCUGGGCCGCUGCGGAUACGAGAAAGGCACAGACGGCAAGAUGGUGCGGGUGAUGACCGACCCCGAUGUCGUUGGCUUUGACUUUCUGGAGGAGAACUGGUCUGUGAAGACGCUGCUGAACCGCAUCGCCGAGCGGCCGACGGGGCAGCACUUCAACGCCCUCAUUGACACGGGCGCGCUGGUGACGGGCAUGUCCAACCGGCAGGUGGCCGAGUACCUCCUGGCCAAGGGCAUGCCUUGGUGCGACGGCGUGGUGUUCCUGGACGAGAGCGACCGCAAGGUGAUUCUGGUGCGCGCCACGCGCCGCGUCGUCAACGUGGACCAGUGCGGCAUCCCGCUCAACAAGCGCUUCGCCUUUUAUGACCAGGUGCACACCACGGGCAUGGACAUCAAGCACACCCCCAACGCCACCGCCGUGCUCACCCUGGGCAAGGACAUGACCUUCCGCGACUUUGCACAGGGCGCGUUCCGCAUGCGCGGCAUCGCCAACGGCCAGACCAUCCUGGUGUAUGUCAUCCCAGAGGUCAUGGGCCUGGUGCAGCGCGAGCUUGCUGUGGCCAACGUCACCGUGUCUUCCCCUGCCGCACACGAGCCCGGCAUGCGUGUUAUCGCCGCCGCCGUCUCCGCCGAAGAAGCAGAUGCGGACGCAGACGUGGAUGCAGAAGGAGAGGGACGGGGAGAUGCAGAAGCAAAUGCAGAAGGAGAAACGGCUGCGGUGGAGGCCCGUGCUGCGACAUCCGCUGCCGGUGUGCUGUCGUCGUCGCCUUCGUCGUCGCCUUCGUCGUCAUCGGCAACGCUUGCUGCACGGUCGUUCCUGGAGCAUGUCACGGCGUGGCUGGUCAUCAACAGCAUGCGCACGGAGCGCAUCCAGUACAACCAGCUGUGCAUGCAGAAUGUGUGCAACACGUUCCGCAAGAACGCGCAGGCGGUGCUGGUGGACUCGCUGCACCGCUUCUCGGCCCGACAGCCCGUGCGUGACGCCAAGCUGCUGCGUGCGCUGCGCAUCUUCAAGGAGGACGUAGACUACGACAUCACCGCCGGCGUGCCGGAGCUGCGCGACCUCACAGCCGUGCUGGAGGAGCAGGUGAAGGAGAACAGCCACUUCUUGUUCACAGAGGCGGAUCGCCAGCAGGCGCAGGCCGUGAUUGCAGAGGUGCGCACGCAGUGGGAGAGCAUGGUGAAGCUGUCCUCUGCGGCCGACGACCCGGUCAAGCUGGACACGACGGCGACGCGGGAGCAGGAGCAGGAGCAGGAGAAGGAGCUUGAGGACGAACGCCAGCGCGAGGUGCAGCGCGAAAUUGACCUGGCCUACUCCCGCGAUGAGGAGGCCCAGGUGCCGUGGAAGUUUGACACGCUGGCGCACCCGCCGUGCGACGUGCCCCAGUUCUAUUCCGCCAGCGCGCUUGCGCUCAAGAACAUGAAGACGCUGUCGUUCCCGGAGUAUGUGCUGGCGUCCAACAACUACUUUGACAAGCGCUGGUCCGGCGACCGCCGCAUCAAGAACGUCAUCAUGGUUCUGGAGUGGAUCCCAGACCAAGGGCAGCUCGCCCUGGCCAACGACCUCUUCAACAUCAACGGCGACAUGCUCAACGGCAAUGGCGGCAGCGGCGAUCACGGCGCUCACGACGAUCACGGUGCUGUGCCGUCGUCGUCAUCAGCGCUGUCCACCGCGCCCGCUGACUGGGAGGCGCACCUGGCCCGCAGCUUUGAGUACUUUGCGACGCAGACGCGCACACAGGCGCCGCCGGCAGUGCUCGCGUCCACAACAGCACCAAAGGGUGUGCUCGACCGCGCGUCGCUGGCCCUUGCCCUGCGCACGUUUGUGCUGCGGGAAAUCCGCGACAACGAGCUUGACCUGGCCUUGCAGCGCUACGGCGACGCAGACACGCACGCGUUUAUGACGUUUGCGGGCUUCCGCGCCUUGAUUCAGUCUGGAACGUUCACGCAGGUGCAGCGCGGGCGCUUCUUCGUGGCCGUGUCGCUCGCAGAGGCAGAGACCAUCCGCCGCAUCAUGCACGUGCGGCUGGGUGGUGCCGUCAUCCCUGGCGCUCCCACGGCCAUUGCCCUGCGCUGCAGCCCCGCCAGCAACCGCGUGUUUGACCGCUCGGCCAUGUACACGGAGGCGCCGCUUCACCACACGAGCGUGGCCUGGCAGACGCUGCGCUUCAUCAACUGCGACAUGCACUACACGCGGCCGCAGCUCGACUGCCUGCUGCAUGCCCUGCAGGGCUCGCUGCCACGGGAGCGCCGCCGCUACUUUGAGAAGCUCAUCGGCAUUCGUCGCCGCUCCAAGAAGCGGUGGGUGGGCGCCCCGGUGUCCAGCGUGUUCUCCGUGCCAAGCUCGUGGUAUGCGCUGCAGCAGCGGUCGGUUGCUGCGGCCAUCCGCGCCGCCAUCUCGCGUCUCGGGUUGAAGAUGUACGACGCGUGCGUGUUCUUCGACGCGGACAAGAACGGGCUUGUGUCGGCCUCGGAGCUCAUGGGCGCGGUGCUGUGGCUCGGGCUGCAGCUGGCCACCCCGCAGGACGUGCUGCAGGCCAUGCGCAUGUACGACGUGGACGGCGACGGGCAGCUGAGCUACACCGAGUUCCUGACCAUGGUGCAGCAGUCGUUCAGCUACGGCUACGACGAGACAGAGCACGACGACGCCACAGCCCGCGCCAAUCACGGUGACCACGGUGACCACGGUGACGGCGGUGACGGUAGCGCCGGAGGUCACGACGCGACACAGGGUGGCAGAGCAGAUGAGCUUCGCGCUGCACUCUCCCGCCAGACGAGCAGCGGCAUGGGCGAAGCGGCGCUGCUUCGACAGCAGUCGCUCGGCGGGACAGAGUACGAGCACGUGAUUCCGCAGCAGGCUGAAGAGCUUGACCGCCUGCAGCGCGAGUGGGUGGCGAAGGAGCUUGCGGAGGAAGAGGCCUUUGUCAGGGAGACGGAGGAGAUGGACAGGCGCAUGUACCUGGAGAGCGAGGCAGACCACGACAAGCAGCUGGCCAAGGUCGGCGUGACGCCCAACCCGCUGGUGGACUUGGCAGAGGGCACAGCGCAGUAUGACUUCUCCAUUGCCCGCACGGUGCGCGGACUCAAGUGGUAUGGCCGGUGGUCUACCGUGCGUGACCGCCGCCUGUUCUGCCCCUCCAUCGCCCCUGUGCAGCCGCUUGCCGUCCCCUGCGGGCCGUGGCGGCCGGGCGAGACGCCCCUCAAGCCCGAAGAUGUGGAUGGUGAUGGCAAGAACGCUGACGCCGACGCGCGCAAGGACCAAACUGCAGAACAGGGCGUGAAGACUGGUGGGGACAAGCAGCAAGGAAAGGCUGCGUCUUCAAGCACAGCAGCUCCGGCACCAGCACCACCGCCGCCACCGCCGCCACCGCCGCCACCGCCAGAGAUGAUUGAGAUUGCUGCCUCGCAUGGGCUCGAGCCACCAAAGUCGCUGAAGCAGCAGUUGAGGGAGCAGCGUGCGCGUAAGGGCGGCAGCGACGGCGACGGUGCUGCCGCCGACGAGGACGAGGCGCUGCUGGAGGCCAAGAAGGCUGCCAGUGGUGUGAAGCAGUAUGUGUUCCCGACACCUGAUCCGAAUGGCCCUGCAUUCAAGCCAGACAUUCUUCCGUUUGGUGUGCAGCACCUGGCCAAGCUGAACGCCGACGCGUCCUUCAUUCUCCCCGUCCGCGCCCCAUCCAAGCUGGACUCGUACACGGUUCACCUGUUUUUCCGCGUGGACAAUCUUCCAGCCAACACGCACACGGCGCAGCUGCUCUUCAGCGCACCGCAGAGCAAUGGCGUUGAUGGCGAGGUCUACAUUACGUCAAACGGCAAGCUGUCAAUCACAGACAUUGAGUCUGCAGACACACAAGAAGAGGAUGAUGGUGCUGACAAGAAGAAGGCACAGAAGACACGAAAGCAGCGGAAGAAGGGAGCUGAGCAACCCGUCCACCAACAAGAGCAACAGCAAGAGCAACAGCAGAAGCAGAAGCAGGAGCAGAAGCAGAAGCCUCUCGUGACAAAGCCAACGCCUGCGAAGUCAUUGGUUGUCAACAGCGACAGUGACGACACUGAUGUCACAGACUCCGAUGAUGACACAUCAGAGAGUGAGAGUGAGAGUGAGAGUGAGAGUGAGAGUGAGAGUGAGAGUGAGAGCGAGAGUGAGGCGGGUGGGGCAACAGGUAUGGCUCCGACCAUUAAGGCCAGACUGGCGGAAAUCCUCGGGCCAACGAAGUGCGGGCCCCUUAAGACAGAACACUCACCCAACUUCAACAUGGAGCGGCUGAGGCUCGUCAUGUUUGCGAUUGCCAUGUUGGCGGAGACCUUGGUGUACAAUUCGGCACCUAUCCCGAUCGUCGUUGAUUUCUGCAAGCUGGCAAUUGCACUCAUUUCUCCUCUCCCCAAGGCAGACGCCAGCCACAUCGAACGGGUGAAGCAUGCCGUGAAGGGCGUCAUGGACCUCUUCGGCUUGGCUGGCGAACCGACAAAAGACCAGUCAUAUUACGCUCGACCUGCCGUGGACGGCAUCAUUGCGUUCCUGUACGAGCAGUGCGGCCUGAACCUGGGCGUGUUCAACGCCCACGGCAUUACAGUCACGAUACCCAGCGAGGACGCUGACGAGGGCGACGCAGGUACCAGGCCGACGGACGGGCGCGUGCACAAGAAGCGCUGGCACAUUGUGUCUAUUGUAGUGGACGUGCACGCAGUGCAGGCGGAGGGCGAGGAGGGUGACCAGAACACGGGUGAUGACGCUGGUCGUGGCGGUGAUGCUGGCGGUGAUGAGAAACAAGGGGCAGCGCCGCAACAGCUGGAAGGCGACGGCAUUCGCAUGUACGUUGACGGUGUGCUGGCUCGCAGCAUCAGCGUACAUCAGAUUGCCAAGACAUACUCCGUCGUCAACGACGCAGCAGACAAGGCCGGCUCCACCAAGAAGAAGGGUAACACCACACCCGGCGUCGGCGACGGUGGCGAUGAGGGUCACCUGGGCGGUCCAUCUUGGCUUGCGCUCACCCAGAUGCAGAAGGCCUCCGCCAACCCAUACCAGCUCGAUGACACCAUGCUCGUCUUUGGCAACGCCUUCACGGACAAGAGCCCUUGCAGCAACCGCAAGCUCAAGUACGUGAUGCUGCGCACCUCCGCCACGAGCGCUGCGCAGGUUGAAGCCGACGUGCAAUGCAUCUUCAACCGCUUCCGGAACGGCCGGGAGUACAACAAGCGCGUGCUCACCAAGGCCUGUCCAAACAAGGACAACGCCUUUCACGUGUGCUCCCAUUACUGCCGCGAGCGCUUCGAUGGGUCCCAGGGGCCGUGGUACGACGACUACCCCGACUUCAAGCGCGCCGCCAUCGUGUCCAAGAUCAGCAACCAUUUCCUCAACCACGUUCAGCAAUUCACGUCGCAGCCAACCAAAGUGACGACGCGGGUGCAGCGCUGGGAGGAGGAGGUCUUUGCACGCAAGCUGCCGAGCGAGAGGGAGUACGUUCGCGCGGUGCAGGAAGUGCAGCACCAACUGCAACUGCACUGGCAGAACUGGGGCAUCAACAUUCCACUGCUCGCUGAUCUCUGGGAGGAGGUGGACGGCAACGCCAAUGAUGAUGAUGAUGAGGAUGAUGGUGGUGACAAUGAUGAGUCCACAAACCCCUUCGGUGGUAGCCAACAGCAGCAGCAGCAGCAGCAGCAGCAGCAGCAGCAGCAGCAGGCUUCGUUUGGGAGCGCUGGCUGGGGUCUAACCUCUGCCGAAGCGUUUGGUGGCGGCAUCCAAGCUGGUGGGUUUGGGGCCGCGUCCACCAGCACGGGAUUCGGCAGCGGCGCCUUCUCCUUUGGCAACGCUGCUCCCAAUCCGUUUGCCGCCGCGCCAUCCUCCUCUUGGGGCUUUGGCGCACAGCAGCAGCAGCAGCAGCAACAGCAGUGGGGCUUCGCGCCUUCAUAUUCACCAACGUCGACCGGCGGGUUUGGUAGCGCAGGAUCGUCUGCUUCGUUCUCGUUUGGCACCCAAGGGUUUGGAAACGGCAACAACAACAACAACAACGGCAACGAUGGUGGAGGAUCUGGAUGGUCGUUUUAA